CCUGCGUCCCUGCAAUCCAUUACGAGAAGGAAUAUUACAUGCAUCAUGUCUGAAAUCCGCAAGAACGUUACGGUCAUCACCGGCACGGGGGGCAUCGGCCUCGCGAUAGCCCGCAGUCUUGCCCUCAACACCCACCUCGUGCUGGCCGACUACUCGCCCACCCAGCUCAACGCCGCCGCGCAGGCCCUGCGCGACGAGGGCCACACUGUCACUACACACGUGACCGACGUGUCGGACUGGAAAUCGGUACAGAGUCUUGCCGAGACAGCCGCCCAGGUCGACGGGCCCAUCGCCACCAUCGUGCACACGGCGGGCGUGUCCCCGGUGCAGGCGCCGCCAGCCCGCAUCUACGAGGUCGACCUCCUUGGCACGGCCCACGUCAUCGACGCCUUCCUUCCGGUUGUGGGCGCGGGCGCGACCCUGACAGUCAUCGCCAGCAUGGUGGGACACUACGUCGUGGGGAAACUGUCCCCCGAGUUCGAGACGCACCUGGCCACCGCGCCGGUGUCAUCGCUGCUGUCGCACCCUCAGCUUGAGUCCAGCGGAUUUGACCGGUCCGAUCCCGCCAAGGCGCAGACUAUGACGGCCGGGGCCUACUGCACCUCCAAGCGGGGGAAUAUUUUGCGAGUGCAGGCCGCCGCGCGGGCGUGGGGGCUGAAGGGCGCCCGCAUCAACUCCGUCAGUCCCGGGGUUAUCAACACGCCUAUGAGUCGCAUGGAGGCCGAGCGAGGGGCUGGCGGGCAUAUCCAGAAACUCGUGGAUGAGAGUCCGAUGCGCCGGAAGGGCACCGCGUCGGACAUCGCGGGCAUGGUUGCGUUUUUGGCCAGCCCAGCGGCGUCGUUUCUGACGGGCAGUGAUUAUUUGGUGGAUGGGGGUUCCGUAGCCGUGCACCGAUGGGGGAGUGCGUAAGAACUUCACGGCAUGUAAGGAGGCCGGGGCCAUUUAUUGGGGACAUAUUGCAUGGGAUGUACGUUAUACGUUAUAUUAAUAUCAUCC